AUGUAUUGCCACUUGGAAAGUUGUUUGAACUUUGACGCUAAACUUCGUUGCUCGGAAUGUCACUAUGCGACCUAUUGCAGUGACAAAUGUCAAAAAAAAGAUUGGCGUCGUCACAAAAAAGAAUGUGCGAUGCAAAAAAUUGUUCAAGAAAUGAACGAUAAAUUGGCCAAGAUACCCAAGUCCAAGCCUCGCACCACUCAUUGCACUGGAUGCGAUUUAAAGUUCACGGAAGACGAUCCCGUCGAUCAGGAGUGUCCCGACUGUGGCUACCUUACUUGCGAAAGUUGUUCGUGCCACAAUAGUAGAGGCACUUGCGACUGUAAAGGCUCAAAUUUUGGUUGGCGUUAUUGCAGCAGAACCCCCAAACAUUAUCAUGCUUAUAGCGGAGACUAUCAUCCAGACCUAGAUGAGGUGCUUGAUGAUGGGCAGCUCAAGGAAGACAUGCUCAGAGAGUUCUUCGAAGCUGAGGCGCGUGCCUGCAAUAAUUGUGGCGAAGUCAGGCGUUGUUUAAAACCAAACACGGCGCACUACUUUUCUGAUAUGAUUUGA